GCCACCGGUCUGCCACCAGUCCACACCAGCGCCCACAGCCCAUGGAGCCCUGGCCGCUCCUUCUGCUCCUUGGCCUCUGCUCAGCUGGCCUCGUCCUGUGCUCCGAACAUGAGACCCGUCUGGUGGCAAAGCUAUUUGAAAACUAUAACAGCGUGGUACGGCCAGUGGAAGACCACCGCGAGGUGGUAGAGGUCACCGUGGGCCUGCAGCUGAUACAGCUCAUCAACGUGGAUGAAGUAAAUCAGAUCGUGACAACCAAUGUUCGACUGAAACAGCAAUGGGUGGAUUACAACCUAAAAUGGAAUCCAGCCGACUAUGGCGGCGUGAAAAAAAUCCACAUUCCCUCGGAAAAGAUCUGGCGCCCAGACCUUGUUCUCUACAACAAUGCAGACGGUGACUUUGCCAUUGUGAAGUUCACCAAAGUGCUCCUGGACUACACCGGCCAUAUCACGUGGACACCUCCAGCCAUCUUUAAAAGCUACUGUGAGAUCAUCGUCACCUACUUUCCCUUUGAUGAACAGAACUGCAGCAUGAAGCUGGGCACCUGGACCUAUGAUGGCUCUGUGGUGGCUAUCAACCCGGAAAGCGACCAGCCUGACCUGAGCAACUUCAUGGAGAGUGGGGAGUGGGUGAUCAAGGAGUCCCGGGGCUGGAAGCACUGGGUGUUCUACGCCUGCUGCCCCUCCACGCCCUACCUGGACAUCACCUACCACUUUGUCAUGCAGCGCCUGCCCCUCUACUUCAUCGUCAAUGUCAUCAUUCCCUGCCUGCUCUUCUCCUUCUUAACCGGCCUGGUGUUCUACCUGCCCACAGACUCAGGAGAGAAGAUGACUUUGAGCAUCUCUGUCCUGCUGUCCUUAACCGUGUUCCUUCUGGUCAUUGUGGAGUUGAUCCCUUCCACGUCCAGUGCUGUGCCCUUGAUUGGAAAAUACAUGCUGUUCACCAUGGUGUUUGUCAUCACCUCCAUCAUCAUCACCGUCAUCGUCAUCAACACACACCACCGCUCCCCCAGCACCCAUGUCAUGCCUGAGUGGGUGCGGAAGGUUUUUAUUGAUACCAUCCCAAAUAUCAUGUUCUUCUCCACAAUGAAAAGACCAUCCAGAGAAAAACAAGACAGAAAGAUUUUUACAGAAGACAUUGAUAUUUCUGACAUUUCUGGGAAGCCCGGGCCUCCACCCAUGGGCUUCCACUCUCCCCUGAUCAAACACCCCGAGGUGAAAAGUGCCAUCGAGGGCGUCAAAUACAUCGCAGAGACCAUGAAGUCAGACCAGGAGUCCAAUAACGCGGCUGAGGAAUGGAAGUAUGUUGCAAUGGUGAUGGACCACAUUCUCCUUGGAGUCUUCAUGCUCGUCUGCAUCAUUGGAACCCUGGCUGUGUUUGCAGGUCGGCUCAUUGAAUUAAACCAGCAAGGAUGAGCGGAGAGCUGAGCGGAGCCCAGUUCUGCCCCAGCACGAGGCAGAGCGGAGAAGGGCAGGGAAGACAGAAAGAUCUGUCUCCUUGGAUACAAGCUCACUUAUCAAACACUUAAUUUGCUGUAUUUAUGAUUAAUGAUAAUGAUCGACAUUUACAGACGGUUGUGGCCUCCAAGUGUUUUCACAUUUUUUCUCCCUUCAGUCCUGCUCUGUCUGCCUGGAGAGCCAGGCUUUUUCAGUAAAUGAAACAGAACUGCUACAAGAAGGUUCAUGUCCAAUGGCGUCUAGAGGAGUUUUGCCCAGAAUAACUGAGGGUCUCUGUUGGCCUGGUUUUUAAAUUUUUUAUUUUUUUAAGCAAAGAAUGUAUCCUUUGCUUAAAAGCCAGUUUUGUACCUAUUAGGAAAGCCCCAUCUACCAGUCCCAAAAAGAUAAAGCAUUUGAUUUGCAGAGAAAGGACACAGUAGUUCAGAAUGGCCACCAAAAUGCAAACCGCAUCAAAAACUCAUGUUGUAAAGUAGAUUUCUAGAACUGGGAGUUGAGGGAAGGGCUUCUGAGUCUAACACAGCACCUGAGUUUGAUGCUCAGGGUUUGAGAGAAAACAGGUGAGUGGGAGGGCCAGGCACUGUGGGAAUCACCUCACACAUAUGGUUUUAUUUCACCUUCUUAACUGUCAUAAUGUCUCUGUCUUACAAUGAGAAAACUGACCUCGAGGGAGGUCAAGUUUGUUUCCCAAACUAGUAAGUAGAACUGAGAUUUGAAUCCAGAUUUUGAGAGUCCAACGCAGCUCCAGGCUGGGUCAGUUCAUCUGCUCAGUUGGUCUCCUGGCCCCCCUGGCUCAAACUAGGCCUUUCUGUCACCUGCUCAGUGUUUUGAGAGCUUCAGUCUUGGGGUCAACCAUCUUUCUGCCUUCCCAGUUAAACUCCCUGCUUUUUUCCCAAGUCCUUAUCCCAAUCAUGUUUGGGAUUCUAGUUCUAUAAGUGAAAUCAGAAAUGUGUGCACAUAUUAUCUCCAUUUCUAAAAUUCUGGACAAGUGAAUAGGAGAGAAAAUUAUUUUUCUUCAUAGCAUCUUCCAGCCACUACAUAGUUCACCUCAAAACUAGAAAAUGUGCAGCCCUGGGCUCAGUAAUGGCCUUGGGAUCACCAGAACACAUCUGAACCCAUCAGUAUCCGGGCAGAGCCAUGAAUUGCACUCCUGGGCAGCGUGUCUGAACCCAGGUGGUUUCAAUCCACUUCUCCAUGGGGUUCCCUAUCACACCCCUGCGGCAGGACUGAGCACCAUCAUUUUAGAGUGAGCCAAAGGGAAAACAGUUUGGUGGUUUCUCAAAAAACUAAACAUAGAAUUAUCAGAUGAUCCAGCACUUCCACUCCUAAAGAUAUACCCCAAAGAAUUGAAAGCAGGAACUUGAACA